CCGGGUUUUCAAACCGAAAUUUGCAGGCUGUCAGAGCGGGGAAUCCCCGAGCGCGUCACUGGCUUAGGUAGAGGGCGGGACUUCGAAAACUGCACUGGGCCCCUGAGUCCGGGCUGGACCGCGGUCACCCGAGCUGAGUUUGGCUCCUCACCUCCCCUUGUUUCCUUGAGGCCUGGACAUGGCCCGCCUGUCUGUGGAAGGCGGAAGCGGCUGCAGGCGCCCUCUUCUCUAGAAGGAGCCUAAUUUCGCCUGCCAUGUCGGUGGGUUUCGAGCUGCAGCCGCAGGACGGCGGUCCCCGGGUGGCUCUGGCGCCGGGGGAGACGGUGAUCGGCCGCGGGCCCUUACUGGGAGCUGGCACGAAUUGUUUUUCCUCUGAGAUGCCCCUCUGCAAAGCCACCCUGUGUUGGAGCCAGCAUACUAUGGACUGAAACCUCUACAAACUGUGGGCCAAAUAAACCUUUCUUCCUUUAACUUUGGAUUUGAGAUAACAGACAAGAGAAUAUCCAGAAGACAUGCCAUUCUUGAGGUGGUGGGUGAUCAGCUUCGAAUCAAACCGGGUGGGAUGUGAUGACGGAAGUGACGUCUGUAUUAAAGAGUUAUAUUUUCACAUAUUUCCAUGCCUGAUUAUGCAGAUACACACAAACCCAUGUUUUUAUCAGUCUUCUGAGAACAGCCAGCUCUUACCAAUGAAGAAAAAUCUUUGGCACUGGUUGAAUCCUGGAGAUAGUUUUUCUUUGUUAGUUGACAGAUAUAUUUUCCAUGUUGUCUCCACACACUCUGAAAUGGAACUAGAAUGCACCUUAAGAAACAGUCAAAUGCUUGAUGACGAUGACAUACCGAAUGAAGCACCCAAAUCUCCUGUGAUUGAUUUACCUGACAGGAAAGCGGGUGCCUCACAUCUGAAAACAACCACAGAAAUAACUGCGACCCAGGCCACUACCACAAGUAGUUUGGUGAGAAAUUCUUCUAUAAAUGAAUGCAGAGGCCUGAGUAAACAGCUGUCAGAGCCUGCCCAGAGAAAAAGAAUCCUUCCAGCAUGGAUGUUGCAAGAUUUAAGUGAUGAAAACCUUUUAGCACCUGUCAUUAGUGGAGAUAACAGCAUAAUCCAGGGAAGUGGGAAAGAAGGAAUCUGCAAAGAAAAAACUCAGAAAAACAUAACACAGCAAGGAAGAAAGCGAAUUUCAUCAGGAAAUUCAGAAAGUGUAACUGGUGGACAAGAUGCAGGAAAAAAGUGCAAAGAUACUGCUCAAGAGGACUCUGAUGUUUCAUCCAAGGAAAUGUCACAGUCAUUUUCUGCAACCACAUUAAGUAAUCCAGAUAUGCAUACUUUGAAGAUUAAUACACAGAGAAAUGAAAUUCCAGUAGUGAAGCUUGGUAAGAUUUCUGAGCAUAAAAACAUGACUGAAGGAACUCUAAAUAAAGAAGACAAGGCAGGAAGCUUUCCUGAGACUUCUUCUAGUGUCCAAGGCAAGUUAUUCCACAGCGAGUCUCAGAGAUCUCAUCCUAAGUCCAACUGUGAACCUUCCAGUUCUGAAACUUUGCAGGCAAAGGCAUCUGAUUCACUUCUACCAAGUUCACAAGAGAACAAGAUCAAGAGGUCCUCCUGCAUGUAUGGAGCAAACUGCUACAGAAAGAAUCCCGUCCAUUUUCAGCACUUUAGCCACCCUGGUGACAGUGAUUAUGGAGCUGUGCCUGUCACAGAUCGAGAGGAGACUGACCAGAGACCUGAAUGUCCCUAUGGAGCAUCUUGUUAUAGGAAGAAUCCCCAGCACAAGAUAGAAUAUAGACACAGUGUACUUCAAGAGAGAAGUGCCACAGAUGAAGAUGAUGAUACUGGACAGCCCAGUGAGUAUGACCCGAAUGACAGCUUUCCAGAUGAUGAGGAAGAAGAGUAUGAGCCCACAGAUGAAGAUUCUGACUGGGAACCAGAAAAGGAAGACCAAGGACAGGAAGACGUUGAAGAGCUUUUGAAAGAAGCAAAAAAGUUUAUGAAAAGAAAGAAGUAACUCUUUUCCUAUCUUAGGUUCACAUUGACUUUUUCUGUGUGGAAAAAUUCAGGAACUAAGUGGUGCUUAAGUGAUCUUUUCCCUUCUUUUGAUAGUUGUAACUUUUGCUGUUGACUCUUUGUGAAUAAAAUAUUGAAACAUCUGUCUUCAGUAAAGCAAGAAGAAUUAAUUUUGUUGUCCUGCCCUUUCUUGGCCUGUUUAAGGCAAGAAGCAGCAGACAAAGAGGUUAAAGAGUAAUAAUUGAUAUUUUUCAGUACUUUGUAUAUUGGCAAUAAAAAAUAAAAUCCA